CUCACUUUAGAGAUACAAGGUUAUUGUCGAUUGUAGUAAAUUAUUUAAUUCCAUCUAUAUUAUAUCCAAUCAGUCUUUUAAAAUAGUUCAAGAUGAGUGUUAAGCUAACGGAAGAACAGAACAAGUUGAUCGAGAAAAUAGCAAAAGAUAACGGUUUUAGUGAUUACGAAUUGAUAACCAACCCCGGAUCCGAAAAAGGCGAUAAUUUUUUGGGAAUCUUAACUACAGUUACUAUCAAAAAUGAAGAUAAACGCCUGGAAUUGAUUUUAAAAGCAGCGCACCAAAGCGAAGCUUUUAGAAAAGCUGCUCCACUACGAGUGGCCUACAUAAGAGAGAUUUUUAUAUAUGAACAUAUAUUUGAAGAGUUUAAAAAAUUCCAGGAAGAAUACAACAUUCCGAACCCUUUUGAUAGUUAUGUUAAAAUGUAUGCUGCUUCUACACUGGACGGGCAUGAAUGUUUUGUAAUGGAAAACUUAAAAGUAGAAGGAUUUAAAUUGUGGGACAAGAAAGUCCCGAUGAAUGCGGGACACAUAUCAAAGGUUAUUAAAGAAUAUGCAAAAUUCCACGCUAUUUCUAUAGCACUGAAACACAAACAUCCUGAAAUUUUUAAAGAACUAACAAAAGAUAUAACCGAUGCUGCCUUUCAAGAUGGAAACAACGAUGAAGAAAAUAAAGUAAAAUUUGAAUCGUUUAUUAAAGCUGUUUGUUCUACUGCUUCCAAAGCCUUUGAAGACGACCCUGUUCUGACAGGAUAUUUUAAAGAAUUUGAAUCUGCAAUAUAUAAUUUUGUUGCUACGGAUUUUAAAGAUCCUGAAUAUAAACAAGUUAUAGUUCAUGGAGAUUGUUGGUGUAAUAAUUUUUUGUUCAAAUACGAUGAUAACAAUAAUAGCAUUCAACCUUCACUUUUAAGGAUAAUUGAUUGGCAAAUAACGAUGCUGAGCUCACCAGCCUAUGACUUUUGCUACUUCUUCCUAGCGCAUAGUCCGAAAGAAAUAUUAGACGAUUACAGAACGUACCUGAAUUUAUACUACGACACAUUUUCCAAACAUCUUCAACACUUCAACUGCGAUCCAGAGGAGUUCUCUUAUUCAAGAAUGGAAAAACACGUUAGCAAAUUUAUGGUAUUCGGAUUGAGCACGUGUUUGAUGGUAUUAAAGAUUAUGUUGGCCGAUUCUGAGGAAGCUCCUGAUUUCCAGAAAAUCUCAGAAAAUGGAGAUUUAAUGGAAGGAAUGAACUUUGAAGUUGGUAAUAUGGAUGCGUAUAAGAAUAGGGUCAAAGAUAUUCUUAUAUUUUUGAAGGAUAAUAACUUUCUUACAAAUUGAUGUUUGUGAUUUAGAUAUAUAAUUUUAUUAGUAUUUUGACCAAUUUUAGUUUGCCAAUAUGAAUCAUAUUAGGCAGAUAUACUCCUAAAACUUAUUGUUCUUUUAUUUUAGAACAAUUUAUUUAAUUUUUGUUACUACUAAUUGACACGAUGAGUUAAAAAUAUUUAAAUAAAAAAAAAUAUCUAUAUUUAUAAUAUUUUAUAGUGUCAUUGUGUGCAUUAAGUUGAAUCAUAUGAAUAAUUUUGUUUAUUAUUAUAAGUAAUACGUCAAGGUUAAAUUGUUAAUUCACAGUAUUCUAUUGUA